UCGGCGGAAGUUCCUCAGUCAACCAAGGCGGGAAAUACCCACAACUUCCGCUCGUGAAAACAGAGCCUCGGCUUUUGUGUACAUUUUUCAAAACUUACUUUUCUGCCUUCUUGAGGUUGCGGCAAACACAAGAGAGAUUUUUGCUCUGCGUCACUUUAGGACCGAAUCAUGCAAGCGUUUCUGAAAGGAGCAAGUGUUCCGGCAACAAGACCCCAGAAAGACAAGUGUGGAGCCAGCGUCGAGAAGAAAGCCAAGCUUGUUCCAUGGGUUGAGAAAUAUAGGCCAAAGCGUGUGGAUGAAGUUGCCUUUCAGGAGGAAGUGGUGGCGGUGCUGAAGAAAUCACUGGAAGGAGCAGAUCUCCCGAAUUUGCUCUUCUAUGGUCCACCUGGCACAGGAAAGACGUCGACCAUAUUGGCUGCUGCUAGGGAACUUUAUGGUCCAGAACUGUACAAGCAGAGGGUGCUGGAGCUCAAUGCCUCAGACGAAAGAGGAAUUCAGGUCGUCAGAGAGAAGGUCAAAAACUUUGCUCAGCUCACUGUCGCCGGGUCUCGGCCAGACGGGAAGCCAUGUCCUCCUUUUAAGAUCAUCAUCCUGGACGAGGCUGACUCCAUGACGGCGCCAGCACAGGCUGCCCUUAGAAGAACCAUGGAAAAAGAGUCUCGCACCACACGAUUCUGUCUCAUUUGCAACUACAUCAGCAGGAUCAUUGAACCCUUAACUUCCAGAUGUUCCAAGUUCCGUUUUAAACUCCUUGCCAAUCAGAUCCAAGAGAAGCGUCUGCUGGAUAUCUGUGAGAAGGAGAAACUCAAAUACACAAAAGAGAGUAUAUCAGCAUUGGUCAAGGUGUCAGAGGGAGACCUGCGGAAAGCCAUCACCUUCCUUCAGAGUGCCGCUCGUCUCAAUGUGGAUAAUGAGAUAACAGAAGCUUCUGUCAUUGAAAUAGCUGGGGUUGUCCCUGCCGAGAUGAUCGACAGUUUGCUUGAGGUCUGCUUUAAAGGAACAUUUGAGAAACUUGAGGUCGCAAUCAAGAACAUGGUGGAUGAAGGUUACGCAGCCACGCAGAUCCUGAAUCAACUUCAUGACUGCAUUAUGGAGCACGAAUUAAGUGACAAACACAAGUCUGUCAUUGCUGAAAAAAUGGCGGUGGUGGACAAAUGCCUGUCGGAUGGAGCAGAUGAAUACCUGCAGUUGCUGAGUCUAUGUUCAACAAUCAUGCAGCAAGCCCCCCAGAACAACUGAAUAUGCAUCGCUACCAACACAAUCUUCCACACUGAUGUUGACUAAGAUGAGCAUUUGUCAAAUCAUCCAUUGAACGCGUCUUUAUUUAUUGGAUACAACCUCUAACAAUCUCAGUAACUACUAUUGCAUGUAAUACUAAUUUUCAAAGGGUAUACUGCAUUUUUACCCUUCUACUGUGGGUAAACACCUGAACCUGACUGUGAUUGACAAAUAUUACGCCUGUCGUUUGUAAUUAAAACGUAAAAUUAUUUUUUUUGGGUCACUGCAUGCAAUAAUGGCUUAAGUUAAGCCAUUAUAUCUCACAUUCAAAUGAAAACCAUGAAACAGAUGUGCAAAAGUUGAUUUAAGUAAAAAACAAUCCCCGUACAAUGUCAUUAACAUUAAAUUUAACAGCUAUGA